GGAGGCUGGUCCUAAAGUCAACAUUUGCCGGGGCAUGUCUCUUAUUUGUGCAAAUGUGUGUGGCCCCUUCCUCUCUCGGGUCUUUCCACUCUUGGGGUCACCCUUCCCGCACCGCUGCUUCCCUUUUGGAACUUCCCCUCACGACAUCUCUCAUGCAGUAAAAGGGAGGCGUUUUUGGUGCGUCAGGUGAUGCGGGGAAGGAAGACCUUGUGUCACCCAACCCGGGCUCAAUUACUCACUCCCUGGCGUUUCGAAAAUAUAUGGAGCCGACUGGCCCCCGAGCCAUAUUUCAUGAACAACAGCCCUCCAACACCCACCCAGCCAGCCGCAACCCUUCUCGUGUACUCCGUACCUAUCUUCGUGUUCUGCAAGAAAAUUCGCAGUCUUAAGGAAACAUCAGAGCCGCAGCUUGCCAAGGGGUAGAGUAGAUAGCAAUACCAUAAGAUCUGGUGACCGCAUCUGCAGAGGAUGUAGCACAUCAAACCGGGUUCUGGGGGAAGCCACUUAACGGUCUUUAAACAACACUCCAUUACCGCAAGUCUAUCCUCUAUAUCGCCUGCUUGUGACCCCGUCUCUCAUCAACAUCAUCUCAUGUACCGUAUCAAACCCCUAUCACGACUUGACCAGCAAGCUCGAGCCCGUCAUCUCUGCGGGGAUGGGCAGGCCCAUGGCCUCGAGCA